UUUUGCAUCUUCCACUGUCGUCUGAGUGGGCCCAUGUGCUCAGCGCGGUGCAAAGAACGCGGAGAAGUGGCUAUCUGCAGUCCUGUCUGGAAGAUGCCCCCGCUACAGAAGUGUGCCAUGGACAGCGGUCACCGAAGUAGCUGCAAACUUAGCAAAGCUGAGAAGAAGUCUCUGAGGAAACAGGUCAAAGCCAGACACACGUUGCUGAGGCAUGAAGGCAUCGAGGCAGUGGCCCAUCCCACCCAGAACCUGGUUGUGGCCAAUGGUGGUUUGGGUAAUGGCAUCAGUAGGGACCGGCUGCUCCCUGUUGUAGAGGAAUGUGGCCCCGUGGAUGCUCUCCUCAUGCCUCCUAAUAAGCCCUACUCAUUUGUAAGAUACAGAACGACGGAAGCAUCCGAGAAAGCCUAUGCUGCCCUCAAUGGAAAAGAAAUAGAGGAUGAUUUAGGACAGAAGAUCAUUCUGUACUUGAAUUUUGUGGAAAAAGUACAGUGGAAAGAAUCGGGAUGCCAGGCCUUACCUCCAGGCCUCACAGUAAUAGAAAAUAUUGUUUCUUCUGAGGUUGAACAACUGCUUCUGGAAAGUAUUAACUGGACAGAAGAUACAGACAAUCAAAAUUUUCAGAAAUCCUUAAAACACAGGCGAGUGAAGCAUUUUGGUUAUGAAUUUCACUAUGAGAACAACAAUGUGAAUAAAGAUGAGCCGUUACCUGGGGGUCUUCCUGACCUUUGUGAGAGCAUUUUGGAGGCAUGGUUGAAGGAAGGUUUCAUUACCUACAAACCAGAUCAGUUAACUGUAAACCAGUAUGAACCUGGACAUGGGAUCCCGCCUCACGUGGACACACAUUCAGCUUUUGAGGAUGAGAUCAUUUCUCUCAGCCUGGGCUCAGAGACAGUCAUGGAUUUUAAGCAUCCGGAUGGCGCCACGGCGCCCGUCAUGUUGCCUCGUCGGAGUUUGCUAGUGAUGAGGGGAGAAGCGAGAUACCUUUGGGCCCACGGAAUCACACCCAGAAAAUUCGAUACUGUUCAAGCAUCCCUGGGUCGCACAGGCGGAAUCAUCCAGAGUGAUGCGGGAGACUUGACUUUACGCAAGAGGGGGGUACGAACAUCGUUCACCUUCCGGAAAGUGAGGCGCACGCCUUGUGACUGCAAGUACCCUCAGGUCUGUGACAGCCAGAUGGCGGACACCGCCCCCUCUUUCCCAGAGAGUGACAAGGAAGCCUCGCAGCUGGAGCGGGACCAUGUUCAUCGAGUCUAUGAGGAGAUCGCCGGGCACUUCAGCAGCACACGGCAUACCCCCUGGCCACGCAUCGUGGAGUUUUUGAAAGCCUUGCCAGCUGGUUCAUUAGUGGCCGAUAUUGGCUGCGGAAACGGAAAGUAUCUUGGCCUCAACACAGAGUUAUUUAUGAUCGGCUGUGAUCGCAGCCACCGUCUUGUGGACAUCUGUAGAGAGAGGCAGUUCCAGGCCUUUGUUUGUGACGCCCUGGCAGUGCCGAUCCGCAGUGGCUCUUGUGACGCCUGCAUCUCCAUCGCUGUUAUCCACCACUUGGCGACUGCAGAGAGAAGAUUAGCGGCACUUCAGGAGCUUGUCCGGCUGCUGAGGCCCGGGGGGACGGCGCUGGUGUCCGUCUGGGCAAUGGAACAAGAGCACGACAGUAAGAAGUCCAAGUACCUGAGAGGAAGUGGAGCAGGCCUCGGAGAGGAGGGACCCCACGACGGGGCCUCGGAGCAGAUGCCUGGGGUGGGUGAGGGGCGCCCAGCCUGCUCUGAGUCCUUGGACAGCGGCCCCACCAGGACAGCCGCGCCCCCCAGACUGCCGGUCCACACGAACAGGACCUCCUUCCGUUCCCAAGACCUGCUGGUUCCCUGGCACCUCAAGGGGAACUCCAGAAAAGACUCGGGGGUCACAGUGCCAGGACCUCCAGGGCCUGUGCUCCAUCGCUUCUACCACGUGUUCCGGGAGGGCGAGCUGGAAGGCGCCUGCCGGACUCUGUGUGAUGCCAGCAUUCUGCGGAGCUACUACGACCAGGGGAACUGGUGCGUGGUGCUGCAGAAGCGCUGAUGGGGAGGCAGGGCCGGACGUGGGGUGGAGUUUGGCUGGAAUCCCCCACACCGCCUGUGUCCUUCUGAGCACUGCCAGGAAUGAGCCCUGAGCACGGAGCCCGGAGCGAGCCCUGAGUACAGAGCCAGAGGCGAAUUCUGAGCAUGAAGCCAGGAGUGAGCCCUGAGCACAGAGCCAGGAGCGAUCCCUGAGCAUGAAGCCAGGAGUCCCAGAGUACAGCUGGGUGUGGUCCCCAACCCCCAAACAAAACCAAACAAAAAGGCUUGCCAAUGGCUAUGAAUAUAUCACUCACGGAAGAAAUGUGCUGUUUGGUUUCUUCAAGACUGGUAGGCCACCAAGACGGCAGUGCGAAGGCUGGAGCUCCUGCUUUGGGUGCCGGAGGCCUGGCUUUGUUUCCUGCCACUACAUGGUUCAAGCACCAGCCCUGGAGUGGCCCCUGAGCACUGCCAGUUGUGGCCCAAAUGCUAACAACCAAUCAAACAGCAGAAGGAUGAAAGGAUUUUACUUCUAGAUAGAAUCAACGCUCCUGUGGAAGUCUAUUUUUCCGUGGACCAGAUGCCCUCAAUACGGCCACUUGCUAUCUCAUAGCGCAGCAUCCCUCAGGGCAGUUUUUCUCAAAGGAGACAGACCGCUGUCACUUCUCUGAGGAGGAGCUACUGGGUCCCCCGGACUCCUUUCCAGGCAGCUGGGAUUCGGGCUCCCGGCUGGCUCUACUUCUGCUGCAGCUCUUUCCAACUAUAUCUCAGGUUUCAGGAGACACCCAGGCCCAGGUUGCAGUUUUGACCUCUAGCAGUUGUUCUUCUAAGCAAAUCAGGGACUGGACUAAAGUAGGGAUCAAAAUAUGAAUCUAUGAAUAGAUUUGACCCAGUGGUGCUUGGGGGCUACUCCCAGCUCAGUGCUCAGGGGUUACACCUGGCAUUGCUUGGGGACUGAACAUGGGUCUUCAUGCAAAUUAUGUCUGGCAGCCCUUUGAGCUAUUUUCCUGGCCCCUAAAUAGAAAUGUGUUGUCUACUACCUCCCCCUAAUUUCCAUUUUGUACCCAGAUCAUCUUUAUCCAAGAUAAAAAGGGCUUAUUGUAAGAAACGCUUUUUCAUCUUUCAUAUUCAAUUAAAGUUAUGCUUAGCACACUUUUGUCCUAGUAAAGGCAGUGGAAAGUACGUGGUAGAUAGUAAUUUUCUGAUUGAGGUUACAUGACUUUAGAUUCUGACGUCACCCUUCUGCAUUGCCCAGCCAUAAGAUGUGAAGCACUGAGCAGUUUUCUUGAAGGACUGUUGCAAGCACUGAAAAAGCUAAUGUACAUUCUUUGUUCCU